AUGAGCGCAUCAAAUGAGCAGACGCCUCUCGUGGCGCCGACCACAGAGGAAGCAGGCUUCGUCGGUUCGAUCGUCAAGUCUGUCUUCGAGCCCGGAGCAAACUAUGCAGUAGUCAUGGCUAUGAACGUGUCCUUCUUCUUCCUCAUCCUCGUCCUCUUCGCCCUCGCCUUCCUGACCUCGUGGAAUAAGCACGUCCUCUUCCUCCUUGGCGUCACCACGCUCUUAUGGGCCGCUAUGCUUUGGUUCGUAGUGGAAAUAUCCAAAGUCCAAACUCGGCCAGACAACCUUCCUCCUGCAGACCCCUCAGAUCCUACAUUCGCGAUACCGGCUGAGCCCGAGCCGAAGAAAGAUAGGUGA